AUGGCGGUGGGUGAUGCGUACAAGGCCCGAAUGGCCGAGAAGCGGGCCCUGGGGUCGAAUCGAGGCGAGCUAGACAUGGGACCCAGUUCCAGCUCCAAGUCCAAGGCGCCGGCCGGCACCGGGAUGGGGACAGUGACAGAGAUCGAGCACGUUGAAGCCGUGGCUGUCGGCGACGGCGAGGAGAAGCCGAAGAGGCGCCAGCGGCUCAAGCAACAUUUGGCCCGCUUCUGGUGCUGCUAUUUGCUCGCGGGCAUUAUCUUUCUGGCGAUUUUUCUUCCUGUCUUCUUCCUCGUCGCCAUCCCCGCCAUCGCGCAGCGCAUCGUCGACGACACAGACCUCCCCGUCUACGCGGCCCACAUCACAAAUCCCAAGCCGGGACAUGUCACCUUUACCCUCGACACGGGGCUGACGAUCCCACUAGGCCUGAGUGUGCGCCUCGACGCAUUCAACCUGAGCCUGUUCAACCGGGACUCGGAUCCAGAGAUCAACUACCUCAAUGUCCCCGUGCCGAGCUACACGGUCAAGGGCAAGACGAACAUCAGCGUGACGAGCGAGAACACGCCGAUUCUCGACGAGGAUGAAUUUGUCAAGACGCUUUCCAAGGCCGUCUACUCGCAGCGGUUCACCAUGUCGGCUAUCGGCAAGACGACGGGGCAUCUGGGGGCGAUCAAGGCGGGGAUCACCCUUGAUAAGGAUGUGGAGAUUAACGGCCUCGAUCAGCUCAGCGGCUUCUCCAUCGACGAAGCGGCCCUCCUCCUCCCUGCCCGCGAAGAUGGCACGAACCUCCGCGGACGAGCGACACUCCCCAACCACUCCGUCGUCACCUUCGCCCUGGGCAACGUAACCCUAAACCUCAAAUCCGGCUCGAUAAUCCUCGGGACAGCCCUCCUCCCUGACGUGACCCUCCUCCCGGGAAACAACAGCGUGGGUUUCACCGGAAAAGCAGACAUCAACUCGGCGUUGGCGAACAUCGGCGCGAUUCUAUCCAGCCAAACCGAGGCCCUCAAAAAUGGCGAGAUUGAGCUCUCGGCGUCCGGCAACCAGACGAUGUUCAACGGCGAGCAUAUUCGGUAUUUCGAGCGCGUGUUGAAUGACCUUACGAUCACGGCGCGGGUCCCCAUCGUAAAGAUCCUGCUCGACACGGUGGGUGAGUUCUUCGGGGAGGAUUCGGGGGGUGUCAUUGAGGCCGUGACGGAGAUUCUGAACAAGAUUGACUUUGCGAGUUUAUUUGCUGGGGUGGAUUUUGACUCGCUGGUUGGGAGUGUCGGGGAUAUUAUCAAUAAUCUGAAUCUGGGCUCCCUGCUCGAGGGCGUGGAUUUGAAUGGGCUGUUGCAGAGUAUAGACUGGGGCAAGGUCAUUGAUGCGCUGGGGAGUAUCCUCAGCCAACUCGAUCUCGGCGCGUUCCUGCAGAGCCUCGAUAUUGCGGGGCUACUGCAGAGCAUUGACUGGGGCAGUCUCUUUGAGAGUAUCGCCAGCAUGCUCGGCGACAUCGACUGGGCGGAGCUCGCCAACACCCUCAACACGAUCCUCACCAGCGUCGACUGGGCCGCGCUCUACGAGCAGAUCCAGCCUGUGCUCGACAAUCUCGACCUCGGCGAGUUCCUCUCCAACCUCGACCUCGACGCCAUCUUGAACAGCAUCGCUCCGCUAAUCCAGAACCUCGACCUGGGCGCCAUAUUCUCGAGUCUAGACUGGGGCGCGCUCCUGGAAGGGUUCGGCAGUCUGAUUCAGAAUGUGGAUCUCGGCGAGCUGUUUGGUGGGUUCAUUGAUACCCUGGGGAGCCUGGAUCUGGGGUCGUUGUUUGAUUUUGAGGUUGGGGGGGUGAAUAUUGGGGAUGUGCUGGGGGAGAUUGGGCAGGCGAGUAAUGGGACGAGUCUGCCGGAUGCGUUUAAUAAUUUCAUGGAUGCGUUGCAGAAUUUAGGGGAUUGA